AUGAAUGGUAAUUUUGUAGAACAUAAAACUGACAAAUUUGAUAAUAAUGCUAGGAUUUAUGGUGUAGAGGAUCGAAUUGAAUUUAUUUUGGGAGAUUAUUUUAAAUUAAUUCCUACCCUUAAGGCAGAUGUAGUGUUUCUAAGUCCACCUUGGGGAGAAAAAAUAUAUAAAGAAACUACCAAAAUAACCAAGAAUAUAGCAUACUAUGUUCCUCGCAAUGUAGAUCCACAACAGUUGGCAGAUUUUAUGGGGCGUGGUAAUGUAUGUGAAUUACAAAAAGUAUUUGUGAAUAGUAAAUUUGUAGCAGCUGUAGGAUAUUUUGGCAAUCUGAUGUGUAAAGAUGAUGAAUAUAAUGAAGGAAAAUAG